AGACAUAAUCACCAGCUUGAUCUAUUCAAAAUGGACAGGAAACAUGAAGAAGAAGCAGCCAGUCCAGACCUGGACUUGUAACCUACACUUAGAGGCUGCCAGACUUAAGACCUAACGAGCUGGCUGAUCAUAUGAUGUCGCUUUAAAGAGCCUGGAGGGGGAGUCAGGAGUCUUUCUGCAAAGCUUCACAGUCAUAUGGGGAUUACUGAUCUGCAAAAGGCAACACUGGCGUUCAGUAUCUUGCAUUGAUGGGACCUUAAAAAGGGACUGUUUUUCAUUUGGCCAAAGAAGACAUUUUGUACAUCUGCAGAUUCAACACCUUUCACCACAACCCACAAACAUACUGAUAACGACUGAGAGGCGCUUAUGGAGGAGGAAAACGUGUGCACCUCUCUGACAGUUGUUACAGAUUCACUGCUUCAGCAGCCUCUGCAUGGCUCAUGUAACUCUUUAGGUCAACAGUCCAUUAAUGGAGAAGAGGAGGCUGUGAUAUUGUCAGACCAAGUCUGUCUCACCCCAAAAGAGGGACAUGAGACUUCUGAGGAGGCGGAACAGUGGGAGCAAAUGAUAUGGCCAGUGUGUCACGUCAACUGUACCAGCCCUCCGCUUUCCUUUGCUACAGUGCAGUGGGACAUGCCCGAUCCCACUGCAGAGCAGCCUCCACUCGUGACUGACAGCAGCUCAGCCAAUGAGCUGGACUUCACAGAUGGCAGGGCUGUGACAAAUUUAGGCAGCACUUCCCCAUCAUUUCAUGAGUCUGAAGAGGAUGUCAGUGCUGAGCCUUUCAAACUACGGGACAGAGAGGAACAAGAUGAGCUUGAUUCACCUCUUCUGAACUCAGAACCUGAGUGGACAGGAAGUGACACUGAGCCAUGUGAUGCUGCAGAUGUGCAAGAGCUGGAGACACGGGGGAAGGAAGAUGAGCUGGUAGACAGUAAUAACGAAGACUCAUCGAGAGCGGAAUCGGAAGAAGAGGAGGGUCGCUCAGUGACAUCACAUCCUGCUGAAACUGAGGAACUAAUCAAGAUUGCUCAGGAGAUUGAAGGCUUAGAAGAAGAUGUGGACAGCUUUGUAAAUUUAAAGCUAGAAGAGGAACAGAAAGAGGCUAGUGUUCUGCUGACUGGGCAGUCAGGAGAGUCAGAGGAAAAGCAAACUUCAGCAAAUGGUGAUGAGACUGAGGAAGAGACUGAGGAAGAGAACGAGGAGCGGGGCGAGGUAGAAGAAGGGCAGAGUGAGGCAAAUGCAUCCUGCUGUGAAGAAAGUGUCAGUCGUCUGAUGAAUGUGGAGGUACCUGCAGAGCUCCUUCCAACUGAUGACGGUGGAGUAUCCAUAGACCUAGAUAAGCUACUAGAUCUGCCACCGUCAGAGCUUUUGGAGGAAAACCUGCAGUUCAGGGCUGAAGAGGACGACGACAUACUGGAACGGUUACAUGAAGAUCUCACAAGUCAGACUGAAGUGUUAGAAAUGUGUGAAGAUGGAGAAGAAAAAGUGGACCCUGAACAGCCAGAGGCUGUGGACAAUAACAAAGAAGCAGUGUUACAGGAGGCAGAAAAUGCAGAGAGAAUAGAAAACUCACAAGAGAUGGUUGAAAAACUGGAGGAUUUAAAUUCUUUAGUGCAACUAGACUGUGAUCAAAUAACUUUGCAGGACACAGAGGCUUCACUGCAGCCUGAACACUCUGAGUCCGAGCAGCUUGAGGUGACUGAAAACCCAGAGCAGAUGCCAGCAGAGGGGUCUCAUGAAACUGAGGUGGAGCACUCUGAGGACUUGGACCACUUAGAACCACCACAGCAUCUGGAAGAGUCACCAGAGGUGGAACUGACAGACCAGCUAACCCAACCUGAAGAUGCAGAGCAGCCAGAGGAGUCGCCUCAGUUGGAGCAGACUGUUUGCACUGAAGCUGCAGAUCCUGGAGAGCCAGAGGAGCAAGAACAGACGGUGCCGUCAGAAGACAAGCAGUCAGUGAAUGCAACGGAAUCUCAGGAAGAGUUAAAUCAGGAGGACAAACAGGGUGAGACAUCAGAUCCAGCAGGAGAUGUUAGGGCUACUGAGGAUGAAGAUUUACAAACAGUAGUGGCAAAUGGAAAGCAGCCCACCAUUCUUAUGAAUGGUGGUGAGGUGGACAGAGAAAAGGCCCGCAUUCUCGCCGAAAAGCUGUUCAAGCUGGACGAGAUUCAACCUGGAGAUGUGGUGAAGCACUUAGACAAAGAUAAUGACUUCAGCCGUGCUGUCGGAGAGGAAUACCUGAAAUUCUUUGACUUCACCAGCCAGACUCUGGAUCAUUCCCUGAGAUCUUUUCUCAAAGUGGUGGUACUGAUAGGAGAGACGCAGGAGAGAGAGCGCGUGCUGCAGCAUUUCUCCUGCCGCUUCCAUCAGUGCAACCCCAACUCUUUUUCCUCCUCAGGGGCUGUGUUGGCGCUGACAUGUGCCCUAAUGCUUCUCAACACCGACUUGCAUGGACAGCAUGUAGGAAAAUCCAUGUCGUCUUCGAAGUUUGUGUCAAACCUGGAUGGAAUGAAUGAUGGAGGAAACUUCAGCAAGGAUCUCUUGAAAAGUCUUUAUAAUUCCAUAAAGAACGAACCGCUGGAAUGGGCUGUUGAUGAGGAGGAGCUGAAGAAAGUGGUGAAUGAAGAUCAGGGCGAAGAUGCGCCACUGCGUUUAAAAGCUAACCCCUUCCUGGAUGUUCCUCAUGACAAAAAGGCUGUUGUGGUCAAACAGGGAUUUCUCCAGAGGAAGCUCCACGCUGACAUCGAUGGCAAACGCACCCCUUGGGGGAAGAGAGGCUGGAAGACUUUUGAUGGAGUGCUGAAGGGAAUGGUCCUUUACUUACAGAAGGAUGAUUAUCGACGGGAUUUGCACACUAACGAGGAGGUGGUGAGCGUGCAUCACUCUCUGGCUGAACCAGCGGCUGAUUACACCAAGAAGCCGCACGUCUUCCGUUUGCAGACGGCCGACUGGAGGGUUUUUCUCCUACAGGCCGCGUCCAAAGUGGAGAUGAAUUCAUGGAUCAGCCGCAUCAACUUGGUCUCGGCCCUUCACUCGUCGCCUCCGUUCCCCGCUGCUGUCGGUUCUCAGAGGAAGUUCUGCAGACCGAUUCUCCCCGCCUCGCAGUCGGCUCAGACUCUGGAACGUCAGCUGCAGUCUCACGCAAGAAUGCUGGAGACCUUCAAGUCGGACCUCGAGUACCAGGAGCAAAACGCACCGGAGGGCAGAAAGGCCAAAUCCCGGGAUCUGGAGGAGCAUCGUGUCAGAGCAGAGUACCUGCAACACGAGAUAUGUCGCUAUGAGACCUACAUUCAAGUGCUGGAGGCCUGGAGGAGCAUGAACAAGACAGGCGAGUUAAACCCAGCAGACCUGAACUUGUUUGAUAAAGCUGUGUGUGCUGAUUCUCUGGGAGAGGAAGAAGAUGAGGAAGGCAUGCUUAAAAAGUCCCACUCCAGCCCUUCUCUGGAACUGGAGGUGGCGACUCCGACAGUGGUCAAAGUCAGACGAAACAUCUCAGAGAGACGGACGUAUCGCAAGGCCAUCAUUCCUCGAUUUAACAAAGAGGUGUGAGAACGGUUUCACUCAGAGAUCGAUACGUCCAGUUUCUAUCCUCUGAAAGUUUAAAUUCAUACGUGUCUGCUGAACACUGAUACAAAGCACCAAGCAGAGAACAAAGAAACACCAAAAUGUCAUCUGAAAACUGCCUUAGCAACUUAUUGCUCUUGUGCACUUUUUUAUGAAGAUAAACCUCAGGUAAUCCAUAACCGUCAAACUCUCUCAGGACCGAGGGGAGACCCUGAUUUAGUUUGUGAGCGACUUAAACUCCUGGACCUAAUUUAUUUAGUUUUAUUUGAAUAUCUGGUUCCUUUUUUUUUUUCAGUACUCAGAAUGGCACAGAUAUUUUCACCAUGCUUUACACCACAAGAGGGUACUGUAACACAGGAUAUCGCUCUGUGAAAGUCGUCCUGUCUGUUGUGAACUUGUUUUUCUAAAGAAUCCUCAUUGCACUUUUUUUUUUUUAAGAAUUUGUAUGACAUGUUGAUUUGUUGUUGAUAUUUUGUUCAAAUGAAGGGUCCUUUUUCCAAAAUAAAAUAUAACUUACGUUUAUUAUUCAGUAUUCUGGAGACACUUUUGGCUUCU